CCACGGUAGUCUUUCUCCGCUUUCCAGUGGGAGGGAAACGAUCCCGAUGCUAUCCCUUCCCGGCUUAGCCGACACUUUCCGCGGGCUGGAAUCUACUUCUGCCACUUCCCAGGGAUCGAUCCAGAGCGCCCCAAGAGGUCAUAAUAAAAACCCGGGAAUUUAUCAGCAACUCGAUCUAGUUUUCCCUUUCGUUUCUGGGCUAGCGGAGACUUUCCAUUUCCCGCCUUUCAAAGGGAAAUGGGCGGGAAUCGCUUUUUGGAAUCGCGCUUUUGACGAGCUGUGUCCCUUAUGGGCAUCUUUCAGGAUCCCAAUCACCGUCCCGGAAAAAAAAUUUGAGGAAACAAAUCACUUUCUCUAUGCCGUCCCCGCCUUUCGAAAAGCCUACGCAAGAACUUGCGGAGUCAUUUCCUCUUUUUUUGGCGUCUUGGAAGGUUUGCUGGAGGUCUCCCCGUUGUCGUCUUCUGUUUCCAAUCCUCGGCUCAUAGAAAGCGCCCUGUAAAGCAGCAAUAAGGAUGGAAGAGUUGAAACAUGAUUCGAUUGCUGGAACCAGUGAUGAAAAUCCAAAGGAAGACGGAUCGAGCGAAGGUGUGGACCAGCAUUCCUGGGUGGGCCAACCACCGUGUGUGAUCAAAGAAGAGGUAAUUAACAAUGAAUAUGAUUUUCCUGAAAAAGUUCCAACAAGUUGGAAGGAAGCAAAUAAAGAAGAACGAACAUUCGUGGUGACAUUCGGUGAAAGUGGGAAGAAGUAUCUAGUGGAAGGCAGACUUACCGACAGUCUGCUUAGUGCCCUCAAGUCUAAUAAACAUGUUUGUCACUGGAUGGAGAAAAACAAGACAAAAGAGUUCCACUUAAUAGAGAAGAGAGAGCCUUUGAAAGUCUGUGUCAAUAUGGGAAUGCCUUUAAAGUAUGUAUCUGAAGGCUCACAAUUUGAAAUGAAGUCCUACAAGCUAACUAAAAAUAAUAACACUAAUGAACUAUGGUAUCGCCAAUAUGACAAUAGGAAAGAAGAAUGUAUAGUGUUCUAUGUCUGUGGAACAGGUUCUAGAAUGGAAAGCCAUGGAGCACAGAGCCGUAGGUUAAUGAAAAAUCAGAGCCUACUUAAAGAAUAUUGCACAUUUUGUAUAUUUGCCCCUAAAGGAGAAUCCAUAAAAGAUGCCCUGUGCAAUGAUGGCCGCUUUCUGCCAUUGCUAAAAGAAAACAAUUGGACACUGGUAAAAGAUGGAACAGUCAGAGAUAACAAUUUUUUAGUUAACAACAACUUAUCAGAUCAAGUUUAUGAAAUCGAGGUGGAGUCUAAGAAAGGUGCCAAAUAUAGUGCUGAUCAAAAGAAGAAAUGGAAUGAUUUAGAUUUGGGGGGGCAGCAGCUGAGUACCCCUGAAAAGCCACAGCCACAGCUGGACUUUGAGGAGGGACAGCUCAGUGCUUCUAAAAAACAACAGCCAGAGUCAGACUUUGAGGAGGGACAGCUCAGUACUUCUAAAAAACAACAGCUGCAGGACUUUGAAUGGCAGAUCCUGCAGUUGUAUCCUAAGCUGAAGGAAGAAAGGCAAAACAUUGACAAAUUUUUGAGAGGUUACAAAAAGGAUCCCCUUGAAGUUUAUAAAAUAAACUUUGGCAAGGAAGUAAAUGACUCUUUUCCAUUCGAGGUGAUGAAGACUCUUGCUCAGUCUGGUGAUUCAGUUGGAUAUAUAGAAUGGAGGGAUGUUAACUUAGGAUGCGUUCAAGGGUCUGCAACUUGCUUCGUUCUCCAUGAUAGAUAUAUAUUAACGUGUCACCAUGUAAUAAAGAUGAUAGUUGGAGAAGGAAUUGAAGUAAAGGACUGGGGAGAUAGAAUUAAGCAGUCAGCCCGUGUAACUUUCUCUUAUGUAAAACAGCAUCCUACAGAAAAUUGGUUCUCAUUGGAGAACUGGUUUGAAAUAGCAGAUGUGGAUCUUGAUUUUGCUGUCCUGAAAUUGGAAGAAAAUGAAAGUAAAAUUCAUCCUCCACCAGGACUGUUGCAAUUACAUUUCCCAUCACCACCAAAUGGUCCCAUUUUUAUCAUAGGUCACCCAAACGGAGGAAUCAAGUCCACCAAUAUUUGUCUUGUUGUCAGUAUAUUUGAUCGUAGCAAUGAAUUUAACGAUCAUUUGCACAAACGCCAGAACACUGAAUGUAGCAACUUUGUAUGUGGUUACAGCCAAAAGAAAAGAUGCAUCCAUAUGUUUAACCCAAAAGAUUUUGAGGAAGAUGUAAGUAAUCCUAAUGUUGUCACCUACAAUACCUGUUUUUUUGAGGGGUCAUCGGGUUCACCAGUGUUUAACAAAAAUGGGGAGCUUGUUGCUUUGCACGCUGCUGGAUUUGCUUAUAAAAUGGGAAACAAAGACUGCAGCAUAAUUGAAUGUGGCUAUUCAAUUCAUUCAAUUAUUUUAAAAAUUAAAUCCAAAUUUAAAUCUUGGUAUGAUGCUAUAAUUGGUCCUGAUGCAAGGGAAGAUAGCUCACAUGUGGAUGCACUUCUGCAUGAAACAGAGGAGGAAAUGGAUUGUAGUUAAUAUUGUAUUGUUAAAGUUCAGUCUACUUCUCCAAAAACUUAAAUUGCUUAAGGGAAAGUUACCUGCCAAGGUUCUGCUUUCUUUGGAUUUAUAACAGUUUGUGAAAGAUACAUUUAUUUUCAAAUAUACAGGCUGAACAUUGCUGCCACUCUACAUUAAAUUUUUCAACAAGUGCCUCAAAGUUUAGUGUCCAUUGCAUUUUUAGAGCUCCCAGUAGCAAUAAAUUCUUUUGCAGUUGUGUAUUUGUAUUUCUUCCUUUAUGCAAACGCUGUCUUACAUUAUUUGGGAGAGAAGAGUGGAACUAAAGUGAGAUUGCAGUUAGUGAUUUACAACAUUUUCUAGUAUCCAGUCAUUAAUGUCAUGAUGUAAGGGCUGUCCUUUUUCUGUUAUUUUGUCAGAACAAUGGUUUGAUGAUUAUAAAAGAUACUAGAAAGGUAUGUUCCUCACUGCUGAGUCAGGGCAUUAUCCACCUAGCCUUGAAUUGGCAGGAAAUUGAAUUGCCAUCUUAUUUUGCCUCUAUUGCAUCUCUUCAAAGUAACAGUCUUAGAUUUUACAGUGUUGAAGCUGCACUUUGAUGGUGUUUGAAUAAGGGAAGAAAUACAGCUAAGGAUGACUAACCUACCCUAAUCGUGGGCUGGGACUGAGAUGAAGGCUAUUUCAAGAAGGAAAAAAGAAGAUGCCAGGACAUAGUGCCAUAAUUAGGUGCAAUUAGGAAAAGACCCAAAGUUACCAGUAAGGAUGCCUAAGGCCUUCAGGAAAAACCAGAAACAAACUGACAGUUUGGAAUCUGGAAAGUGGGCAGUGUAAAUAAUCUGUUCCUGACACGGAAAAGGACUUUUACAGGUUAUUCUGGUCAAAGCAUUAUCUAAAUACCAAUCUACACAAGUGAUUGGCAACUUUUCCAGUUGGGACAAAUUUCACCUGUAAGGGCAACAAGUGUUUUAUUUGCAGGAUAGGUUUUGAUGAUUUUUUUAAAAAAAUGGGAGAUACUGAUGUUACUUUUGGUUUACUGGGCUUAACAUUGUUUUUAACUGCUCAGGAAGUUUUGCUUCAAAAAUUUCAUCAGCCCAAUCUUGAGUGACUUCAGAUAUCUCAAAAAUGGAGCCAUAUGCCACCUUCAGUCGACAAACUGCUUAUUCUAUCUAUACACUAAAGUAUUUUGCUCCCUUAUUUCAAAAUGAUUGAUAAAUCUGAUUAGCCAAAUUGCUACGUGAAGGGGGAGUGGGUUAGAUUACUAAAUCACAACUUUAUUGUCUUGUAUAGUUUAAAUAUAAUAGUUCUUCAGUGAGCACACUGAAGUCUAGAUGUUGAAUUUUCAAUUCCCAAAAAUGUUGACAUCAUUUUGAUUAUGGGAUCUGUAGUCAAAAGCAUCUCUAGAGGGAUCAUGUGGGGUUUUUUGAUGGGUUCUCUAAUAUUUUCCAAGCUGCUUAGGCCCAUGCUACUUACCUAACUAAUUUCCUAACUUUGAUCUUACAUUUUAAUAUUUAUGACUUAUUAUUGCUUUAUUCUAUCAUGACAUGUAAUCAAUAAAGCUUUGGAUUCCUUGAGCCAUU